AUGGCUGUGGGCAAAAAUAAAAAAAUGGGGAAGAAAGGCGCAAAGAAAAAGGUUGUUGAUCCAUUUACGCGUAAAGAAUGGUACGUCAUCAAAGCGCCCUCAAUGUUCAAUGUUCAACAUAUCGGCAAAACGUUAGUAAAUCGUACGCAAGGAACAAAAAUCGCUAGUGAAGGCUUGAAGGGACGCGUAUAUGAAGUUUCACUUGGAGAUUUGAAUGAUGCUGAAUCGGAAUUUCGGAAAAUGCGUUUAAUAUGUGAAGAUGUUCAGGGUCGUACGUGCUUGACUAAUUUUCAUGGAAUGAGAUUAACUCGUGAUAAGCUUUGUUCCAUCGUCAAGAAAUGGCAUACCUUGAUUGAAGCAAAUGUUGCUGUUAAAACAUCUGAUGGUUAUUUGCUUCGCCUGUUUUGUAUCGGUUUCACAAAAAAAAAUGCUGGACAGUUGAAAAAAACGAGUUAUGCGAAGUCGUCAAAAAUUAGACAAAUCCGUGCAAAAAUGAUUGAGUAUAUGCAAAAGGAGGUGCAAGGCAGUGAUUUAAAAGAUGUAUGUCACAAAUUAGUUCCGGAUUCGAUUGGUAAAGAUAUCGAAAAAGCCUGUUCGUAUAUUUACCCGUUGCAAGAUGUGUGCAUUAGAAAGGUGAAGAUAUUGAAAAAACCGAAGUUUGAACUUGGACGUUUGAUGGACAUGCACACGGAUGUAGGUUCAUUCGGAAAUGCUGAAGGCGAAAAGAUCGAAAGACCAGAUGAUUACGAACCACCCGUACAGGAGUCUGUUUAA